GAUCCUUCGAAUAAAACUAUAGACAUGGACUGACAUGUCUGAGGUACUAGCGUUGCGUACCAUGGUAGCAUUAGGCUUCCUUGGUUGUUCCUUGAUUGUCACCGAGUUGAGGUAUGCGUGGGAAGGACGCGUGUUCGCUUAUAUUCAACGAUCUUGAAUCGAUCAGACAUCCUCAACCCAACUCUCUUUCAUUCUCUUCUCAAGGUUCCGUUAGAAAGUGCUUCAGACCAUGAGAUGUGCCGGAACUCUACUACCGGCAUUACCGCUGUGAAAGCACUUCAACAAGGUCCGUUCCCCAACGAAAUAGUUGCACUUGUUGUUGGACACCUCUGGAACUCACCUCGCGCGGUGAGAGCGUGCACGCUUGCUUGUCACGCCUGGUAUGCGGCAGGCCGACCUUACAUUUACUCUCGAAUCGUCCUAAGUAAUGGCGACAAAUUCGACUCCUUGGUUUCAUUUCUACGAAGCCCCAACGUCCGAUUUAACGUGAUUAAGCAUUGGAUCAGGGAACUCCACGUCAGGACUCCGCACCCCAGCAAUGCUGGUUUGUGGUGGAGUACGGGAUGUCCCUAUUGGGUUCUUCGACUCUCUGCUGCCUUGCCCUCAUUACUUCCAAGACUAUCAGUUCUCCGGUUCGAACAUCAAAACUUUGACUCAGAGUGGCUCUCGCGCUUCAUGGUGCAUCUCUCAAAGUUUAUCUCGGUACGGGAACUGGUCAUUGCAAAUACCCGACUGGAACUUGGGAUGCUGCAGUCCUUGGCCUCUGUUAUGCCAAAUGUCAGAACACUUCGAUUGGUAAAUGCCACUAUUAUCGACUCUCAGCAAACCUUUUCGCCGAUGGCUAUCCAAAACAAGCCACAAUUUACUAUCCUGUAUGUCGAAUCCGUGAGGGAUAACACAUCAAGUGAAAAUGGCUUCAUAUCAUGGAUAAGGACAUGGGACACUGUUCAAACAUUGGCUAUGGAUGAGAAUCACCGACUUAUGCCUGCAUUGCUUGGUACAUUUGGACCUUUCAUUAACCAUUUUCGCUUAAUUGUGCGAGACAAAGCGAAAUGGGUAGACGGUGGAACGCAAGCCAGUAACAAGAUCUCACUCUGGUACACCACUACAGGACUCGCACUUUCGCAUGUACGGACACUCGAGUUCUUCGACGUAUUGGAUCCGACUCUAGUUCUAUGGCUCAGACAUCUACCCUCUCCUGGUUUGCUCGAAAAGAUUGUUUUCAGAAUAUCUUUCAACCGUCCCCGAGAGCUCAAAAGUGAAGCUUACGAGACGCUUGAUGAGUGUCUGGCGAAUUCAAAUCUGAGUGGUCUUCGCGAGAUUCGGUUCUUAUACGAAGGCACGCUUGCAGUCGACCUUGUCUCGAAAGAAAUCCAAAGAGUCUUUCCCAAAGCACAUUGUCGGGGUUUCCUGCAGAUUUUCAUGGCCGAUCCAGAGGAGAAACUGCUAUGACAUCGAUAGACGACUGAAUAUCAUUAUGCAAAUUUUCCAACAUCUCUUAACAUACUCGUAGGUUCGUGCAGACAUCUUGGUCUUGCCAUCAUACGCAAUCAUUCCGUUGUAGUAUUUUGAAUCAGAUUUGUCGUGAUUCUUUAUGUAUCACUCCUGUGGAUCCAUUACGCGCUCCAAAUAACACGUGUACUGGAUCUCGUUACAAAUUUAGUCAAAGCGGGGAUGUGUACAGUGACAUCAACCAUAUGUAUGUUCUCUCUUGCGAGAACCUCUGCAGCACCGAGUCGUAUCACAGUCGUUUGGGUCACGAUUCAGUGGUCCCCUCAUUCGAGACGAUUGAGCACUGACAACUUCGGUGUACGUUCGUAGAACUUCUAAGAACCAUCCACAGUCUUGAGGCGGCCAUUUUGACAAGGACUACUAUGCUUCACUCCCCCUUGUCCUUGUUCCACGUUCUACAGGGUCUUGAUUGCAUUCUUCCUUCUGCCUUCACUUAAUCAAUCCAUUGACGUCAGACGUUCUUGACAGCGUGGGCUACGC